AUGAUGAGAAGAAAAGAGGGUGCAACUGGAGAAAAAAACGUGUUUAGAUUCCACUGUUUACAAAAGGGAGUGAGUUUCAAAGAGAGAACUGGUGAAGGAAGGAGAAACAAGAAGGUCAAGAAGAUGCAGAAGAGCGACAAAUUCAGCAGCCGUGAUUCAGGAGUUCAGAACAUAUCAUGGAGAAGGCUUCAAGUUUGUGACAAUGCUAAUGCAAAGAUUCGGUCAAUCACCAACCUUGAUGGAUGGUGA